AUGAUGGGAACCUACACUUACUCUGCACCCGCCGCAACCGCCAAGAGAAGCACGGUUGGAGGCUACGAUGCCCCCGACGGCGUCGAAAUUCGGGGCCGCUACGACCAGGAAUUCGCCAAGAUCCUGUCCAGGGAUGCCCUGCAGUUUGUCGCCGAGCUGCAGAGGGAGUUCCGGAACCGCAUCAGGUUCGCUCUCGAGUCCCGCCGCGAAGCCAAGGCCAGGUACAACGACGGAGCGGUCCCGGGCUUCGAUCCUGCCACCCGGGUCAUCCGAGACGCCGACUGGACUUGCGCCCCCGUUCCCCCUGCCGUCGCCGACCGCCGAGUCGAGAUCACAGGCCCUGUCGGGAGGAAGAUGAUCAUCAACGCCCUCAAUUCCGGAGCCAAAGUUUUCAUGGCUGAUUUUGAAGAUGCUCUGUCCCCGACGUGGGAGAAUCUGAUGAGAGGGCAGGUGAAUCUGAGAGAUGCUGUUGAUGGGACGAUCAGCUUCCAGGACAAGGCCAGAAACAGGGUCUACAAGCUGAAUGACAAUACGGCCAAGUUGUUCGUUCGCCCCAGAGGGUGGCACUUGCCUGAAUCCCACAUCCUGAUCGACGGCGAACCGGCCACCGGCUGCCUCGUCGACUUCGGCCUCUACUUCUACCACAACUACGCUGCCUUCCGCAGAACCCAAGGAGCUGGAUUCGGCCCUUUCUUCUACCUCCCCAAAAUGGAACAUUCCAGGGAGGCAAAGAUAUGGAACAGCGUUUUCGAGAGGGCAGAGAAGAUGGCCGGGAUCGAGACGGGUAGCAUCAGGGCCACCGUUCUGAUCGAGACGCUUCCUGCCGCGUUCCAGAUGAACGAGAUCCUCUACGAGCUAAGAGACCACUCCGUCGGGCUCAACUGCGGGCGAUGGGAUUACAUCUUCAGCUACGUGAAGACGUUCCAGUCUCACCCUGACCGCCUCCUCCCCGACAGAGUCCAAGUCGGGAUGGCGCAGCAUUUCAUGAGGAGCUACUCCGACCUCCUCAUCUCCACCUGUCACAGGCGCGGCGUCCACGCCAUGGGUGGAAUGGCGGCACAGAUUCCAAUCAGGGACGAUCCGGAGGCGAACGAAGCAGCAGUGGAGCUAGUGAGGAAGGACAAGCACCGGGAGGCGAAGGCGGGCCACGACGGGACGUGGGCCGCGCAUCCCGGGCUGAUCCCGGCCUGCAAUGAAGUCUUCACCGCAGUAAUGGGCAGCUCGCCGAACCAGAUCCAGUCCAUGAAGCGGGAGGAAGCUUACUCCGCAAUCACGGAGGAAGACCUGCUGCAGAGGCCGAGAGGGGUCCGGACCAUGGAAGGGCUCCGGCUCAACACCAGGGUCGGGAUCCAGUACGUCGCGGCGUGGCUGACGGGGACAGGGUCGGUCCCGCUGUACAACCUGAUGGAGGACGCGGCGACGGCGGAGAUCAGCAGGGUGCAGAACUGGCAGUGGAUUAGGUACAAUGUGGAGCUGGACGGGGAUGGUUUGGGGGUGAAGGUGAACCGGGAGGUGUUCUGGAGAGUGGUGGAGGAAGAGAUGGCGAGGAUUGAGAAGGAAGUCGGGAAGGACAAGUUUAGGAAAGGGAUGUACAAGGAGGCUUCCAGGAUUUUCACCAGGCAGUGCACUGCUAAAGUCCUCGAUGAUUUCCUGACGCUGGAUGCUUAUAACAAUAUUGUCCUGCAUUUUCCCAGGGGAGGGUCCAAGCUUUGAGGAAGCUGUGGAUGGAUGGAUCGGUUGGAACGAAUGGGUUUCUUGGGUUUGCUAGCUUGUUAAUUUUGUUGUCUGUCUUAUCGUCUCUGUAUUUCAUCUCUUGCAAGUUUCGUCACUUUGUGUCUCUGUGGUUGUAGUCCUGUGUUUGUUUUUUUUUUGUUUGUUCCAAUAAAUCGUAUGAUGUUCUGGACUUAAAAGAAAAAUA